AUGUCAGACGCAGCCUCAAGAGCAGCAGCUAGGAAAGCCAAGAUCCUCGCCAGGGGAAAUACAGGUCUGGCGAAAUUGGCUCAGACAGCGAGGGGAGAAGAAGCUCAAGCGUUGUAUGCUGAUGAUUUCAAACCUUCUCCCUCACCUUCACCAACCCCUCGAACGGAAACUCCCCCUCCUAUCACAACCACCUCUUCAUCAUCGACAUCGGCAAAACCCACUACUAAACCAUCAUGGGUACCUCCCUCCGACCCCACAUCCACUUCGUCUCGUACCAACCCAAAUGCAAAUGCCAAUCUCACGGCAGAACAGCAAGCGAUGUCAGCUCAAUUGGAAGCUAUGAUGUCGAUGUUCGGUGGAGGUCCAGGUGCACCCGGUGCACCCGGUGUAGAUGGAGAAAUGCCAGAUAUGUCUAGGUUAUUACAAUCCAUGAUGGGUGGAUUUACCCCAAACGGAGAGGGUAAUGGCAGUCAGAGAUUAUUAGGUGAUUUAGAUGAUCCUGCCGGUUUAGGUGGUUCAGGUCCAGGUGGAUUACCACCGAACCUAUUCGGAGGUGGUGGAGAUGGUGGGGAAAUGCCAUUCCCUUUUCCAGGUAUGGGUGGUAUGGGAUUAGGAGGACCCGCGAAAAAGACUAAAUCUGAGAGAUACUUUCCCCUAAUUCAUUUUAUUUCGGUGGUGGUGUUAUCGAUAUUUACGAUUAUAUGGUGGGAACCUAAAAUCAAGAAGGAGACUAGUCUGUUGACUGCCAUAGAAGGUGAUUGGGUGAAGAGAUGGAGUGGUCUGGGAUAUAGAGGAAUAGGGAAGUUUGGUAACGUUGAAGUUGUUCCAAUAUUCUGGGCUUUCACAACUCUCGAAUUGAUCUUACAAACCAGUAGAUUCAUGAUAAACAAGUCCCCUCCUCCCCCUCAUUCACUCAUAUCAAACUUCCUACCACUCUUACCUCCCAAGAUUUCUCGACCUAUUUUGACUAUCUCCCGGUACCUCUCAUUGAUCUUACAGACGUACAAAGAUGGUUGUCUAUUGGUAUUUGUAUUGGGUAUGACCGUAGUCGUAAGUCAGUGGUUGGAUGGUGGAAAGGUAUUGUAA